GAGAAACCAUCCAAAUCAAUUCUUCAAAUCUUCCAACCUCCCCCCCCCCCGGCAGCGCACACAUACACAAAAUGGAUACUUCGAAAGUCUCAAUCUUCAAGACGUACGAUAAACCUCGAGGUCAAGGAGGCGCGAGUUCAUUCGCGACCUUCAUGAUCAUCGGUCCUGUAUGCUUCUUCCUCGGAAUCCUCUUCUCCUCGUUCCCUUACGAUUAUCCUCUUCUCUGGACCACUGAAAGUACUCCUGAUGCCUACUACAACUUCAUCGAAGAGCAUUUGAAAUUCAUGCAUGCUUCUCCACCCAUCAUUCCACGUAUCCUCCACAUUGUCGUCUCAGUUGGAUUCAUCGGACUUUUCAUUAAGCUCUUCAAGCCUUCGGAGGCCAACCUUCUAUUCGAUGGCGCAUCACUCGUUCUCUAUGUCGUGGGCGUCGUGGUUUACAUUACCAAUAUUGUCAAAGGCAUGCGCAUUGUAACACUCGGACUAUAUGGCGAGGCUGGUGCGCCAGAAGGAGAAGCAGGUGUAGGGAGAGAAGAUAGCUUAAGGGUUUUGGCGGCCAGUAACACGAUUUUAGCUUUGGUUUUGGUGGGCGUGUUGGUUUUGCAGGCGGGUCAAUGGUAUGCGGAGCGUAAGGAUCAAGACGAGGCGGAGAAGUUUGAGAAGGAAGAGCAGGAGAAGAAGGAAUCGGAGAAGAAGCAGAGGAGUGGAAGCGGUCAUGUAACGAGAUCGGUUUCGAAGAAGAGACAGUGAGGGAUGUCUCAAUUGGGAUUGUCUAUGGUGGAUGGGGCACGAAUUUAUAUGUAGUAAUACUCUUUGGUUCGUUUUAUACGAAGAAAAAGAUUCUCAAUAAAAGCAGACAUUCUUACCACCAUCGAAAAAUCCCAUGCCUACGUAUUUCA